AUGGAGAAGUUAAUUUCAUCACAACAGGCUGCUUAUGUUAAAGGGAGAAGCAUUCAAGAACAAAUACUUCUAGCUUCAGAGAUGGUUAAUGAAAUGAGGAAAAAGAGAAGAGGUGGUAAUGUGGCUUUGAAACUUGACAUAUCUCAGGCUUAUGAUUCUGUAAGUUGGACUUUUCUUCUUAAAGUUAUGCGCAAAUAUGGAUUUUGUUCAUCUUGGUGUAAUUGGUUGUUAAGCAUUUUUGAAUCUGCAAAAUUAUCAGUAAUGAUCAAUGGAGGACCAUGUGGUUUUUUCUCAAUGCAUAGGGGUCUUAAGCAGGGUGAUCCAUUAUCCUCUAUCUUAUUUAUUUUGAUGGAGGAUGUAUUGAGUAGGAAUAUCACAAAUUUGGUUAAUACAGGGCAAAUAACUCCAAUGGUAGUAAGGAAUGGAAUAUACCCAACUCACUUAUUUUUUGCUGAUGAUGUUUUCUUAUUCUGCAAUGGAGCUAAGAAGACUUUGCUUUGUCUAUUCAAGCUGAUUGAAAAAUAUCAACAUAGCUCUGGUCAGAUGAUUAACAAAGCCAAAAGCAAGUGUUUUAUUGAUGGCACCAAUUCAGUCAGAAAGCACCAAAUUAGCAGUAUAAUUGGUAUGGAUAUAUCUUGUUUUCCAGAUAAGUAUUUUGGUAUCAUUCUAGCUCCAGGAAGGGUAACUACAGAAAUGGUCUGGCCAAUGGUACUUAUGCUUCAGAGUGAUGGUGAGAUUAGAAAGUACAAAACUUUAUCUUGGAAGAAGAUCUGUGUGCCAUACAAUGAAGGUGGCUUGGGUAUUAGAAGGCUAGAAGUAUUUAACAAAAUUUUGCUAAUGAAAAUGAUGUGGAAAUUGAUAUACUCAUCAGAUGAAUGGGCUCUGUUUUUUACAGCUAAGUUCAAAGAUAAAAAUGGUAUAUGGUUUUCAAAAUGGAAAUUAUCAUCUGUAAGAGCAGGUCUGCAAUGGGCUUGGCUUACUUUACAAGAAGACAUCUCUUGGAAGGUUGGAAAUGGAGCUAACAUCUCUGUCUGGUUUGAUAACUGGUAUGGAUCAUCCCCACUAAUCAAUGAAAUUGGUUACACAGAAUUUAUACAUAACAAUAUGCAAUUAAAAGUUCAGAACUUAAUCAGGAAUAACCAAUGGAAUAUACAUCCUCAGUUGCAGCAUUUGUUACAGUAUGAUAAUUUGCCUCAGAUCCACAGUGGAAGUGAUUCCAUAAUAUGGAACCUACAUAUAAGUGGUCUGUUCAAUAAUGCAAAGGCAGUGGAGAAAAUAAGACACAAGGAAGACAAGGUAGAAUGGUCUUCUUAUAUAUGGAGAAAAUCCUUGCAUCCAACUAUUUCCAGUAACAUUUGGAAACUUUUGCAAGGAGUUUAUGUGAAUGAUGACAUGAAAAGAAAGCAGGGAUAUGAAAUGCCUUUUAGGUGUUGUAUCUGCAAAUCAGAACAGGAUUUUAUGGAGCAUACACUGUGGCUUUGUGAAUUCAGUGUUCAGGUUUGGAAUUGGAUUAGCAAUAUAUUUCAAUUUCCCAGGCCAUACUCUUUUUCAGAUGUUCUCUCUGCAGCAAAACAACACAGUCCUUUCAUUGAUGAAGUAUGGAUUGUUUCUUCUUGUACUGUCAUUAAGGAACUAUGGUUUCAAAGAAACAAGAUUUUCUUUGAAGGUGGUGAUGUUAACUUUCAUGGCUUCAAGCACAGGAUAAUGAAGACAGUCAAAGAACAUGGAGUUAGAAUAAGAGGAGUUAGAUGGAAUAACAACUAUGAAAAUCAAAUUCUUAGUUACCUUAAAAUUGAUUCUUAA